AAUUCUACUUAGUUAAGUACACUAAAUUAACUAGUACAUAAUAUAUUUAUAAACUAAUAAAUCUUAUGUGUAAUUAAGUAUUCUAAAUUCACCAAAUUUAUAAUGUAUCUCCUCAUCUGUUUUAGUAAUAAAGCGCUGCAGCUUCUUCUGUGUUCUUCAAAACUUCAAACCAUCAUGAACCGCUUCUCCUCCUUCCUCCUUUCUGUCAUCAUCUUUCACUGCCUGAAACUCUCCUCGGCCGCUUGCCAUGUUGACGAUGAAGCGGGUCUCUUGGGUUUCAAAUCGGGAAUAACUCAAGAUCCAUCGGGCAUGCUCAGCUCCUGGAAGAAAGGAACCGAUUGCUGCACUUGGGAAGGCGUCCGUUGCCUUGAUGGUAAACGGGUCAACGCCGUUACUCUUUUCGGACAACCCGAACCGAAUAGCUUUUUGUCCGGAACAAUCUCGCCGUCGUUAGCUAAAGUCCGAAAUCUCGACGGCAUUUACCUCCAGAACUUGCGAAACAUCUCCGGCAACUUUCCGGCUCUUCUUUUCCAGCUGCCUAAGCUCUUGUUCGUCUACAUCGAGAACAACAAGCUUUCGGGUCCCCUACCCGGAAACAUUGGUAACUUGACGAAACUAGCCUCACUGAGUCUGCCCGGAAACCGGUUCACUGGGCCGAUACCAGAUUCAAUCUCCCAGUUGACCGAGUUGACUCAGCUGAAUCUCGGCAGAAAUCUCCUCACCGGCAAGAUACCGGUAGGAAUUAGGCAACUCAAGAAACUUGGAGUUUUUAUGCUUGACCACAAUCGCCUCACCGGUACUAUACCCGAUUUUUUUAACUCGUUCACCGAGCUCAGAACUCUCGUACUGUCACACAAUGAAUUUAUAGGGAAUAUUCCGGGAUCAAUAGCAUCACUGGCACCGACACUGGUUUAUCUUGAGCUGGGUCACAAUGUAUUAACGGGUCGGAUCCCGGAUUACAUUGGCAAAUUCAAGGCGCUCGACACUUUAGAUCUUUCCAGCAACCGAUUCGCAGGAGUGGUGCCGAAAAGUCUCGCGAAUCUGACCAAAAUCUUCAAUCUCCAUCUCUCUCGAAAUUUUCUCGUCGAUCCAUUUCCGGCAUUGAACGUGAAAGGCAUCGAGUCGCUUGAUUUAUCGUACAACCAGUUUCAUCUGAAGGAAAUACCCAAAUGGGUCACUUCAUCGCCGAUCAUCUUCUCCCUCAAGCUCGCCAAGUGUGGGAUCAAGAUGAACUUAUCCAAGUGGAAGCCAGCAGAGACUUAUUUUUACGAUUUCAUCGAUUUGUCGGAGAACGAAAUAUCAGGUAGCCCUGUUUCUUUGCUGAACCGGACUGAUUACCUGCUAGAAUUCUCGGCUUCUGGGAACAAGUUGAAUUUUAAUUUGGGAAGCUUAAGGAUCCCGAAGACGAUGAAAUCCUUGGAUUUGUCACGAAAUUCGGUGAUUGGCAAAGUUCCAAAUGCCGUUUCGGGAUUGGAAAAGUUGAAUGUUAGCUACAAUCAUCUUUGCGGUAAGCUCCCGGCAACUAAGUUCCCGGCGAGUGCGUUUGUGGGUAAUGAUUGUCUGUGUGGGGUUCCAUUACCGCCAUGCAAGACCAAAUCCUAGUAUCUUAAAACCGCCAUGGCAAAAUAUACAUCGCGAUAAUCAAAACAUAAAUAUUCCACUGUGUUAGAUCUUUUUAAUAUUGUUUAAUAAAGCAACUUAUUUUUAAUCUA